AUGAAGCUCAUAAAGAAACCCAGUUGGUGGCUCCAGAAAUGGGGCUUCUACACGGAUACACGGAGAAAGGACGCGCUCCGAAAGUGGAAGAAGCAGACCGAGGCCUCGAUUCUCCUAUUGGAAGAGGAGUUCGAUCCUUUGAUUGCUCGAACCAUAUUCAAUCAACGCCAUAGCUCGGCUCUAUACAAGCUUCGUGACGAAAUUUGGCUGCGGAUUUUCGCGCUUCUUUACCAAGACGAAAUCUCGUUCUUCAUAAUCCGCCAGGUGUGCAGACGCUUUCGUCGACUUUUGCAAUCAAGGGAACUCCGUUAUCAUCGCUUUUCACCAGUCCGCAGUUAUGAUAUGCCCAAUAGCCAGAAUGGAGGAGAUCUGUUUCUUAAAUCCAAAGGCGCGGUGAUGAAUCUCGUGCCCUCUCCCACAUUCUUGGACGAGCCAGGCGCAGACGCAGCCCUGCGUGUCGACAUAUGCCAUCUCCUUCAUAUUGAUACUUUCUGCACCGACUGUCUAAAAUACAAUAAACGCCGGUGGUAUGGUAAGUUGGAACUUAACAAGGGAUAUUGCAAGUUCCUUCGUCCGGGAAAACAAUAUUACUGCCAUGUGUGCGCCGCAAGCCACCCCUAUGCGAUGUUUUCACGAGAGGGGAAGAAUGAAAGCAAAUGUAAUGGCGUUAAGGGCCAUGUUCGAGUCUGCGAGCACCAAACCAUCUCGUGGUCACAAAUGAGAUCAUUCCUUGGAGAGUGCAAAGCCAAGAUACCUCGCACGGCCCGACCGGAUUUCGAGGUUGAGAUAACCAUGAAGGCCUGUGAUCACCCUGACCAUCUGAGUCAUCGCACGAAAUGCCACCCUUUUGAGGUCAAUGGGCCCGUAGCCCGACUCUUCUAUAAGAAGUCGGGCGAGUGGAGAGUGGAGCUCACUUGGGAGCCUCACUCCGGGCCAGGCAAGUUCAAGCUAUAUCAACCAGGGAAAUUCGAUGCAGGCGAGAUGCGCGACCUGUUCCUCUCUUAUCGUUCGAGCGCCGCGCGGUUUAUUGUUCCAGCACUUCUGCCGAACCACCUCCUAGAAAUGACUUGCUUCCGCCUGAAUGAGUGUGACUGUCUCAACUAUGGAACUGACGAGAAGAUUCGUACUCUCCUCCACGGUGAUGAAGCACCCCGAGUGCAAGAGAACAUCAAGAGAACUCAUUCAGCUCUGGAUGCUGCGCAUGGGCAGCCUAGCAGCCACCAACAACCUGAUGAACCUUCUCAGCGAGCUCAUGUCUGUGUCCAACUUUGUCCACAGGCAUCAAGCAACGAGCCGACCAAGGGGUCUCUAUGUGUGGUGACAAUGUACAAGAGGAUCAUUACAGGAUCCUGUCUCGGGGAACCCGGAGAAGCAUUGCCCAGCCACGACUGGUUCCAUGCUAUGGAUCGGGCCUCAUACAGCGAGUAUGGCCGUGGAGGAAAGGCAGAGGCGUGCAGGCGAACUCGUAUCCAAUAG